CUGCUCGAGCAUUAUCAAAUUCGCGAGGUCUUACGAUGUCUGCUUCACACCAUCAUGUUCCAUCGGGCACUGGGUCUAGUUCGACCCAAGAGCAUUGACUCAGAGCUCUUUGAUAUCACCUAUGUGCAGUGCGGAGAUGCAGAGGUGGAGAGACAAAUAGAGGAGAAGAUUGGCCAGUUUAGUCUAUGGCUUGAAAAGAACCCCACCAAGAAAGGACAGAUCUGCCUUUCUUUCUUUGAGAAGCGCCGUCCAAUCACAAGCUCCAGCUCAUCAGCCACGUCACCUGUACACACCACUUCUCCCACCACCUCUGCCCCCUCCACCGUUGCUGUCAAUGGGACACUGCCAUCCCCUUCACCAUCCCCAUCACACUCAUUUUCCCCCACUGCUUCUCAUGCUGCUUUCACCAACACUGCUGCGCCAUCUCGUCGCGUGCUCUCUCCGUUACCAGCGCUCGAUGAAGCGUCGCUCGCGGCGCUGCUGCAGCGGCACGGGCUGAAAGAGUCGCACAGUCGGACGGUUGUCAGCCAUGUCAUCAGAACACGUGGCUUGGGUUCGUGGACAGACAUUCCGAAGCUGCCCCAGCCUCUGUACUCGCUACUGCAAGAUUCGUUUGUAGCCAGCACGUCCGAAGUCGUGGAGGAGAAAACAUCACAGGAUGGCGAGACGAUAAAGCUAUUGAUAAGGCUACAGGACGGGUUGACUGUAGAAGCAGUGAUUAUGCGUUAUGAUGCGUCAGAGGGACGCUACAACGGGGGACAACGACCCGGCGGAGAAAGGGCGACGCUGUGUGUGUCUUCUCAGGUGGGGUGUGCCAUGGGGUGCUCCUUCUGUGCCACGGGCACCAUGUCUCGCCCCACCAGCCUCACAGCCGGGGAGAUCGCCGAGCAGCUGCUGCUGGCAUCCCAGCGAGUCCCCAUCCGGAAUGUCGUCUUCAUGGGUAUGGGAGAGCCGUUCAACAACCAUGCAGCAGUGAAGGCAGCAGUGGAGCUGAUGGUCGCUCCACACGGCUUUCACAUGUCGCCCAACCACAUCACCGUCUCCACUGUGGGUGUGGUGCCGCAUAUUCGUUCCUUCGCCUCUGCCUUCCCCUCUGUCAACCUCGCUCUGUCCCUCCACGCCCCCUCGCAACCCCUUCGCGUCUCCAUCGUCCCGUCGGCCCGAGCCUACUCCUUGGAUAAACUCAUGCAAGCAGUCGACGAGUACCAACAACAAAGUGGGCGGCGAGUAUUUAUCGAGUACAUCCUGCUGGGAGGGGUGAAUGACAGCAUCAGUGUAGCACACGACCUGGGGCUGCUGCUGCAAUCACGCAACGUGGUUGUAAACCUCAUUCCAUACAAUCACACGGAGGUGGUAGCAGAUUAUCGACCGUCCACUCCCGUGGCUGCAGAGGCCUUUCAGAAGGUCUUACGAGGGAGUUAUGGAUUACGAACCACCAUCAGGCGCGAGAAAGGGAAUGACAUCGCAGGGGCAUGCGGCCAACUGGCAGUUAAAGCCCUGAAGGGUGGUGGUUUAGGGGAGUCUAGUUCGCCCAACUUCCUCCCUUCCCCUAUCCCACUUCCAUCCCCCUAUCCCGCUGUUGACUCUGCGUUCAGGUGGUGGGAUGAGCUCGCCGAAAGAGGGGUACGACGGGAUGAUAGAGGAGGCGCGAAAGCUGCUUUUGAGUCGACUCAAAAGUCACCUGAGUCGACUCAAAAGGAGGGGUAUGACGGGGUGGUGGGAUGGAGCUCGCCGAAAGAGGGGUACGACGGGAUGAUAGAGGAGGCGCGGAAGCUGCUGCAGAUGCACCCCGAUCGCAAGAAGAGCGAGGAGGACGCGGUCACCAUUCUACGAGCCCACUUCCCGCCCUUCCUUCUGCCGCUCUUCAAGAGGUUCUUUGCUCCAUUGUGGGGCGGCCGGGUUGCUGCUGUGCUCUGUGCGUGGGUGACGCACCUCGCCUGUCAGUGGCUCAUGGGGCCGAGCAAGGUGGUGGAGAUAGAGAUGGAGGACGGCCGAAAGCAGCUCUCAGGG